AUGGAGACUAGAUGUAUAUACCUUCUAUUGAGCCAAUCAUUGAACCCUAAACCACUUGGCGAAUAUAGACAGGAGCAAGAUAGCCAUAAGCAGCCUAAAAGAGUCAUUAACAGAGGAAGCGAAACUGCUAAAAGUGUUUACGAAAAUGCAACCAAUAGGCUUGGAAGUAACAAACCGCCAGAAGAAUUUAAGGUGAAGAUCUCGAGCAAUGCUGUUUUGGAGUCACGACAAGAAAAGAUUAAGAUACACUACAAAGACUCUAUCCAAAAAAAAUUAUUGAAUUUGAAUAGGUCAACUUGUUCAAAGAGAGCCUCUGAAAUCUCAGCUGAUAAUAAAGACUCCCUGAGAUCUGAUUACGUCCACUUUAACCCGAAUAAAGUCGGUUAUCUCAAUCCAAACAUUGAAAAGAGAAAAAGAGCAUCUGAUCGGAUAAAGAAGGCUGACUCUAAUUCACCAGGACAAAAGAAGUUACAAUUAGACAAACUGGAUACAUUCCAACUCACAAAAGGUAGAUAUACCCCUGGAAACUUAAAAAGAAGGACUAGGGUUCUUGCCUAUCAACCUACUGACCCUAAAGAGCAAUUCUUUAAAUCAGUCAAGGAGAAAAGGAAGAAUUUUAAAUUCUACCAAAAUAAACUACUUGAAAAGGUCCAUAGAGUAGAAUAUAAGAUAAAAGACAAGAAUCUGAGCCAUUCAGUCCUUAUCGGCAGUCAAAACUGGGAUCCAAAAGUCGCUUAUGUAGACUCUAGUUCCCAUCAGAGCAUCUCUAAAAGACUAACCAGGAGCAAAGAGAGGUCAAGGCAGAAAUUUCCUCUAAAAUAAUCUCAACAACUCAGUCCAACACAUCGCCAAAGAAGUCCCAAAUGCAAGCGAGUACUUAGAUCGACAACUGAAGAGGUCCUUCUCCGCUGAAGGUAGCCGAAACAUCUUAUGUCAAAAGAAAGGCUGCUUGGAGCCAUUUCAAAAUGCUUCAACUGAACCUCAGAAAAGGAAAAAGAGAGUAGUUAAGCUUAAGAAGAGAAGAAAGAGAACUAAAACCAGGAAUAUUGCUAACCCAAUUGAUCAUAGACGUAAUACUUUUGGGUCAAUGACAUUACAAGAUUUGAAUUAUUAUGAAAGGAAAUAUAUCACAAAAGGAGCAUCAGAAAAAGGACCACCUAGCCCUUCCCAUUAUUGCAAAAUGGCCAUAUCACGUCUAAUCCGGACCCAAUGGAAAAAGAACAAAGGAUACACGUCAAUUUUCGAAAAACGAGAUCACUACAAAUAAGCUCAACGCCACGGCAUCCAAACUACACCCCCCAGCCCGUCCACCCUCCACAACCCCCCAAAUCCCCAACCCUCUCUCCCUCCUCGGCCAAGCAAGCCCCUUCCUAACCCUCCUAGAAAUAAACCUCUGGCCCUCCCCACCAACCCCUCCAAAUCCCCAGCCAAGGCCAAGUCCAAAGCCACCCUCAAGAACAAACUUUCUAAAUUCGACCGUAUCUACAAGCCUAUGCUCAAAACCUACCAAAAUUACGAAGCCCAUGACAAACAUGACAAGACUACAGUCAUCAGUAAAUAAGCCACGAAGGAAUUCAAGAGUGCUGUCGGAAGGGAAAGACACGAAUUAUAGGAGAGAUGAUACGGAUAAAUAUCAUUUUUAUGAGGAAAAUAGAGAGGAAAAGAAAAGUAUAGCAGAUGUAGAUGUGUAUAUUACGCCUAAACAAGAUGUUUGUUAUGAAAAGAUAAAAUGUUCGAUCAUGAGGCUUGAAAUUUAAGCAAGAGAAUAGGUUCAGGAUAUAAUGCAGAUAUUCAGUGGUGAUGGAUUAGUAAGAUCCCUUUAAGAACUAAGUCGAUAAAUAUUAUUUUGAUAAACCAAACUUAUGAUAAA